GUCAACAUACAGCAUCAGCUUUUUGUUUGCGCGGUCCAAAAUUUCCCGUCCCGUUUUGAUGAAGAGUGGAAAAAAAACAUUAGCGAAAUUGCUCUCUGAACCACUCUCUCCUUGAUUGUUUAUUCCUAUCCUAACCUUUUAUUCUUUCUUCCUUCCUCUGUUUGUCUGUCCUUCCCUCCUCGGCAUCCCAUGUUUGUCUCACGUCGCAUGGCCCAGGAGACACCAGUCGCUCUGAGCGCUCUCUUGGAAUGCUGACCAAACUGUUUAUUCAACUUCUCAAGGACGAAAGUGGAACACUGGAUCUCAACAAGACUGCAGACAAACUCCAUGUCCAGAAGCGCAGGAUCUACGACAUCACCAAUGUGCUUGAAGGAAUUGAUCUCAUUGAGAAGUUCAAGAAGAACAACGUUCGCUGGAAGGGCGUCUCGGCCACGAGCAGCCACAUCAACAAAUCAGCCGCACCCAGCCUCAAUCGACAGCGUAAGGAGGAGCUGUUGCAGGAGAGGGCCCGUCUGGAGCAAGAGCACGCGCGUCUUUUGCAGAUGAGGGCCCAGGUCGACGGCGCCAUCAAGGACACGCUCACGAACGAAAACACAGCCAGAUUUGCAUAUGUCACUAUGGAUGAUAUCAAGAAGGUCGAUUCACUACAAGACUCGCUUGUCCUUGCGGUUAACACGCCUUAUGAGACAUACAUGCAGGUCGACGAUGGUUCCUCAGAUCUCUCAAAGCCAUUUGUCAUGAAUCUGGAGCAUAAGACCCAGGCGGGCGAUGUCAAAUUGAGCUCGUUCGUGGUUCCUCCCCGCUGCCCCGGCUCACCCUUCCUGUCUUCAGAUUCCUCGACUGAGGGCUCGACUGACUACUCGUCCCUGGACGAUUAUUCGUCUCAGGACGAUGAUUCCUGCACGGACGACUCGGAUUACUCAUCCUCCUCAGAUGACUAUAGCGAGGAAUCCUCUGAUUAUUCGUCAUCGGACGAUGAAGAGGAGCCCUCCAGGCCUCUGCACAAGACCGUGAUCGGCAAGCACUCGAUCAUCUCGAGUCUGCCUCACCAGGACAUCGUCAGUAUCUACAGCGCCGCCAUGGAGGCAGAAGAGGAGAGCGAAAACGAGUACAUGAGCGAGUAAGGGCAUGGUUUCUUACGUUCACGGUCACCGCCUCUUCCGCAUGGCUCCAGAAAAAGGGCCAUCUCUGUACAGUCUCGCAUUUUAUCAUCGCUCUUUUUUUUCUUCUGCCUCUCCCUUGUAUUCCGCUCGUUUUUUUUUAUACCACUCCUGUUUAUUUUAUUUGCAAAUUGCUUUUGUACAAUACCUUUUCGUUUCACGUUUUCGCACCCGCUCAAGGAUCAUGCUGUCAAACCUCCUGUGCCUUUAUACCUUGAUACUUUUAGCCACCUGUUGGAGCUUCCGCGGGCGUGUGUUUCUUUUUUUUUCGCUCUAUAUAUCUGUUCAUAAUUUGGUUUGUUUGUUUGGCAACUUUGAAUUGAAAUAAAAUAUGUAUUCAGUCAAA